UCAAAUAUACUUUGGGCCAGACCAAUAAAUAGAAAAAAAUCAAGAGCUUUGGCAUGGCGAUAUCUAGAAAGAAUUACUAUGAUUUGGAAAGUGUCUAUUCAAAUUAAUGAAACAAUAUAUAAUUGUGGAGAUUUUGUAAUUUAUAAAGAAUCAUCAACAAGAGUUAGUAGAAUUUUGGCAAUCGUGAAGGAAAAUGCUAUUAUCAUUGUAGAACUACAUAAAAUUGUUAACUACAUUACAGUUACUAUACUUUAUAAUGAAAAUGAUAUUAAUGAAUCUUCUUCUAUUGUGAUCCACGAAAUUCUCUACAAAUAUCAAGAGCAUUGGAAAUUAAGAAAUAUUAUAUAUUCUUAUCAGCAUCCCUCUGAAUUUGUAGCAUUAGAAGAUCUAUUAAUAAGUAUUCCAGUUUAUAAGUUAUACAUUGACCUGUAUUAUGAUAACUUUGGAAUAUUUUGCAACAUUUAUCACUCACUAGGUAGUGUAUAUAUUCAAAUUAGAAAUUUACUCUUUGAUAAAAGGAGUCAACUAAAAAAUCAUUUCAUGCUUGG